GUCCUAUAAAGUUAUUUCAAGGAUCAUGUAAAAUUACAGAGUUGGGUAAGAGUAGGCGGAAUAUAUUGUAAUGACUGUGGGGAAACGCGUGUCCGUGAUUCUUGAUUUAUAAGGUAAGCUUUCGCGUGGACUGCACGUGCGUUUACUAUCCUGACAGUUAAAACAGGUUUCGUUCCGAGGAGACGCAUGAAAAUGAAAGCUGGAGAGCAGACACACAGAGGACGCGGAGUAAAUAUCGGCAACACUCAGACGCUGACAGAAAUCAUGGCUGGAGGAUGUCUUAUUCCGUGUCUCCUGAUCCAAGUCCUGCUUAUUACACCAGGCUAUGGAAGUUCAACAGAAAUUACACUAAACUGUCCAAAUAUAUCAGGGACUGAGGGAAAGCCAUUAAAUCUAACCUGUAAUGUUACCUGUGAGAAUUGUACACUUGUACAGUGGAUAUGGUCUCCAAUAGCAAAUAUAACCUUCAACUGUAGCAAUGAACCAAUAUGUGAGAGUUCAAGUGGUAAAUUUCAUACAAUAAAAUACACAAUAAAAAAUGCAUCAAAGGAACACAAUGUAACAGUUGCAGUUUUCGUACAAACAACAGCGGGACACAAUCGAAUGGAAUUCAGAUUGUCCAUAGAAACUGAACUAUCUACACACAGUUCUGUUGGAGGAGACCAACCAACACAUACAGUUAGUGUGGUUAUAACUGUUAUAUUAUGUCUUAUCAUAAUCAUCACUGGAUUUGUCUUAAAAAGAGGGAUAAACAAUAAUAUGAUGUGCGGUCAUAAAAGUGGUAUUAUAUGAGAAAACAAAAAAAUAUUUGCGCAAAUUAUGUCUCUGGAAAUAAGUAAGUUAAUGAUUUUUUUUCUUGUUUAAAAAACCUGUUGUAUAGUUUUGCGCGCUAGAUGGUCAAAAUCAGGACGAAGCAUUAUGGAAUGCUCACAAAGGGGGUUAGACUACUAUGCUGGUGUGAACUGAUUCGGGUUCUAACAGUGGCCCCUAGGUACAAAGCACUUUUUCUGUACUCCAGAGCAAUAGCAGGGUGAUAAAAAGCAAAUCUCUUUAGUUGUGUUUUGUUUUUUGCAUUUACUUGAUUUUGGAAUGUGUCUGUGUGUUUUUUAGCACAUUUGCACAUUUGUUACAUAGCACAUGGGGUUACUCUUUUGUAUACACUUUGUCCCACUGUAGGUUCUGAUUUUGAAGUUUUGUCAUAAUUGUCUUUAAAUACACUGCCAGGCAAAAAAAGAGGCUCUUUCAGUCACCUUUUGCUUACACAACAGUACACAAUGUGGUGUCCAGUUAAUGUGUGAAAAUGAUUCAUGCUUAUCCUCAUGCUCCCAGAAGCACUCUUUGACAAUUUGAGUCAUGAAAUAUGGCCAUGUCAUCAGGGAAGGGAAACUCCAUAAAUGUGAUAAACUGGUCAUUCUGUACAUUCAGAUGCUUUUAUUUAUUUUAUUUUUUAUUUCCACAUACUGUAACAUUGCUAAACCUAGACCUCACCAACUGAACCCAGAUCAUAAAACUGCCUCCACAGGCUUGUACGGUGGCCACUAUGCAUGAUGGGUGCAUCGCUACAUGUGGUUUCCUACCUUAUAGUGUCAGUCUGGACUCAUCAGACUACAUGACUUUUUUCCAUUACUCCAAUGUCUAAUCUUCAUGCACCCUAGCAAACUGAUGCAUUUUUCUGAUGAGUCUUACUUACAAGGGGUUUUUCUUAUGGCCACACAGCUGUUUAUGUAAACUGUAAAAACUUCUCCAAGUUUUUAAGUAAGCUGGCCAGGUAGUGUAUCAGUGGUGGUUUUAACAUCAGCAGCUUUUUUUGCAAGAUCAUUUUGUUUAUACUAUUCCAUACUACAAUUUACAAAAUCGUAUAGGAGUAUAAUUAUAGCUUCAUAAUUCUCAAGGACAUCUGUUGUACCUUAGGGGAAAAUUGUACAGAACUUUUGUAAUCGAACAUUAUUAAUCAAUUGUAACCUAAGAUUCAAUUUUUGUGUAUUCCAACUGUUGUAAUGUGUACUUUUUUAUAUUUAAAUUUCAAAUAUAAAUGCAUUAAUAAAUGUAUGGAAUUCACACUAAAUAGUUGGGUGUUUAUCGUUCUAUGUUGCUGACAAUUUGCUUAGAAAAUAACAUUAAUGUUUAUGUUAUUAGCAUUGCCAAUACAUCUUAAAAUCUGAACUGG